AUGGCGAGCCCGCCCUGGCACAGCGAGAUCGGCCGGGGCCUGACGCAAUUUUAUACCAAGCUGACAAAGGCUCCUUACCUGUCGCCCGACUCCAUCCAAAACCCACCGCCUGAGGGAUGGAGUGACGAGGAAUUGGACGUGGAUGGCCUCCAACCAUCUUGCGCCGCUCUGACGCCGUCGUGGACCUCCUCCGUCACCUCCCGCCCGCAGACCAGACAAUGGUGCAUCUUCCCCAAAACCAAAGCCAUGCGCUACUUGCGAGACCACAGCUCGCUCUGGCAAAAAGACCUCGAAGGUCUGUACGAGCUGGCCAACCUGCCGCCAGACAUGGUCAGCUUAACGCAUCCUGCCGGCGAAUACACGCUCUACGGCCCCCACUGGUGGCUCGUCGACUGCAAGACCGGUCGCAUCACCAAAUACACGGGACCGCCCCGUGGUGAGGCGCUGGCAGAAGAGUUCGAGGCCGAGUGGAAAAAGGCACCGACCUACGCCCCGGUCGACUUCUUCCAGGAGGUCACGACAAUGCUGGGGAAGGACUAUUAUCCGGUCCCUGGCCUGGUUGACGGCAUCGAGGCUGACUUCUGCACUCCUGAUCGCCGCGAGUCCACCAUGAUGUAUCAGAUAUACAUGCUGGCAGGGUGGCAACACGGCCGCGGUCCGGGCCCUUACUUUGAUCGCGAGAAAUGCUGCAAGGAUCUCGAGGCUUUUCUGAGGGAUCAAAAAGAGAGUGAGUCUAGGAAACGCAAAGCAGAGAUCGCCCGCCACGAGCGACGGACACGCCCAACACAGACAAAAGAUCCUGCCACGUACCCGGAUGGGUAUGACCGAGAUGUGAUCGUCACGGGCCUAACACGAUACUAUGAGAGCCUCGCGCAGAUGGCUUAUUUCCCUGCCUCUCUCAUCCAAUACCCGCCCGCCGGGCGUUGGGGCGAUGAUGCUUUUCUUCCUGCAGUUAAGAUAAAGCUGCUGGGCUUCAACGAGCGUAUCGUCGACCUGCUGCGGCAUCUACCGUAUCUCAAUGUCGAUGAGUCACACGAACACAAUUGCUGGUCCGUUAACGGUCGUAGCGAGCCGCAGCGUUACCUCGAAGAUAACCCGAUGCUCAACGAAGAACUCUCCACCAGCAAGGCGACGCCGGAAAGCCUGUACGCCAACGGCCUCUUCCCCUUUCCAGAGAAGAUGCCUGAAGGACUAGUCCCUAUCGCCGGCCGAGAGGAUGGUGAGUGGUGGAUCAUUGAUACCAACGCCGGCACUGUGAUUGUCUAUGAUGCCGGCAACAAGCCGGUUGCGGAUGCGCCCGAUGACAAGCCCUGGCUCUGGGCGCGUCCGCGGCCCGCCGGCCCAUUCUUCGACGCGCUCGUGAAUAGUCUGUAUUUCCUUGACUUGGUACCCUUACCGCGGCCUGACACUGAGAUUGCCGAGUGCUAUCCCGAGGUUUGGGGCGUGAUCCGGGAGGAAGGGGAGGAAGAUGACGAAGAUGAUCCAGAUCCUGAAGUUGAGGAAGCCCGUGAGAUAUACCGCGCGCAUGGCUGGCCGGAUGUGGCCAAGUUCCGGCGCCAGGAGUGCUAUGAUGCCUUGGUUGAGCUCAGAACGAAUUUGCUGGAAGAAGGAGAGGGCGAUUAUGGGCCCGCAUAG